AUGGCGGCGGCCUUGGCUCGGCUCGUACUCCGCUUGGUCAAGCAGGUUCAGGUUCAGUUCUGUUCCUUAGAGAAGAACGUGGAAUCGACAAGGACCUUCCACCAGUCAGAGAGCAGCGAGAAAGUUCGCUGCACGAACCUCACCUGCUCAGUGAUUGUAGACGUGAGGCACAACGGCUCCGAGCCUUGCGUGGACGUGCUGUUCCGAGAAGGGCAUCGUUUGAUUAUGCGCAGGGCGCACCUCACCGCCCACACCGCCCAGGAAAUGCUCAAGGCCUUUGCCCACCACAUCCAGGCCAAGGGCGAGGAGGGGAGCAGGGACAAGCCCAGCGCCAGUACCAGGCGCUGA